UAAAAAAAGCAACACCGAAUGAUAACACCGAUCAUUCGAUAUUCGUCUGUUUUGUGGCAUAAUUACCGUGUGGAUUGUAAACUAUACCGAAGAUAGUACGUUAAGAAUAUUUUGUAAACGUUAUUAAUUGCGUGUGCCGAUAGGAAAAUGUUGAAUGCACUAGGAGUGAUUGUUUCCGGCCGUCUGGUCCAAACAGAUUUCCAACCGAUUAGUGAGUCACAUUUCCUAAUUACCAUUCCGGAUGCGGAUAAUGUGAACCAUGUGGUGGUAUUCCUGACCGGAACCAUUCCUUUCCCUGAUGGUAUGGCCGGCGGAGUUUAUUUCAGUUGGCCUGAUCCGAAUGCACCACCGAACUGGCAACUACUUGGGUACAUUUCCAACACAAAACCAUCGGCAAUCUUUAAAAUAUCACAGCUGAAAAAGUUGGACGAAAUUACGGGUCAAACUACGAUGAUGAACAAUGUGUUUGGCAGUAAUCUUCCCAUCUCACACACUGCGCAAAUCGGUGUGUCUAUCGAGCCGGAAAGCUCGCUGGUACAGCAAACCCCUUCGACGACAACAUCGAGCACCUACUACCAGUUCGGUCAGAAGAUACUGGAGAACUUUUUCAACUUUGUCAGCAGCUUCUCGGUAACGCAAAGCCAAAUGACACCGGCCCCGAACGAAACGUUUGUCCCACUGUCGACGUUACAAACGUGGUACACCAACUUCGAGCGAAGGUUGCAGCAAAAUCCAAACUUUUGGAAAAAUUAGAACCGUUGCAAUCCAACGAGACAGCGUUGCGUUCUAUAUGGGCCUUACGGAGAAUUCGCUUCGUGCUCUUUUGGAGUCACAAGUACCAAUGAAGAAAAACGAACUGGUUUUAAUCAUCUUAGUUAUAAAAUUUUUGUUUUUGUAACCGUUCAAUACUGCAUCAUUAAAUGCUAAGGCUUUGGUGGUUUGUUUUCAGUAUAUGUCUGUUAUAUUUAUGAUUUUUUGUUUAAUUUUAGCAUUUUCUUGAGAAGCAACAUUACUUCUGUGGCAUCAAGUCUUCACCUACUCGCUCGAUCUCGUCGAGGAUGUACUGCAUGGUUUCGGGCGUCGGUCGCGGGUGGCAGGUUACAACCAUGCGGAAGAAAUUACC